AUGCCCGACGACGACCAGCCCCCGCCAGGCGGUGGCAACCAUGAUGCUUUCUACGUCCUGCUCCCCCUUCUUAUCGUGCUCUCUACUUUCCUCUUCCUCCUCCUCAUAUUCCUGGUAUGCAUUAUCCUCCUCCGCCGCAAGCGCGGCAUCAUGCUGCGCGACAGCGAUGGCCCCAUCGACAUGAGCCGCGAAGACCUUAUCGAAGGAGAGGGCGGCUUCGAGGGCGUGGAGUCUCGCUGGCUGGAGACUGUAUCUGAGGGCGAGCGCAGAGCAUAUGCGCGUGCCAAGGAUUACCAGCUUCAGUAUGCGCCAAACUCACUUCCCACCGAUAUCACCUUGUCGCAGUUCCUAUCUAUCCAGGAGAAGGGUGUGUCGGCGUGGUCGUUCGAGCCGGACUUCGAGGCAUUCAACUCCAUGCUGGUGCACGCGCGCACGGAGAUCACGUUCCUCCCAGACCCCUCCUCUGCCACUUCGGUGCAGUCCAAUCUGCCAUUGCCGAAGCUCAACGAGGUAUAUUACUGGGAGGUCAAGAUGUUCGACCUCCCUGAGACGACGAACGUUGCCGUGGGUCUCGCGACCAAGCCGUACCCAUGGUUCCGGCUCCCCGGCUUAUGCCGCUACUCCGUGGCUUACCAUUCUAACGGCGACAAGUCUCACAACUACCCAUUCACUGCUCAGUCAUGCGGCAUGCCACUCAAGGAGGGUGACGUCCUCGGAGUUGGGUACCGACCUCGCACGGGUACGGUAUUCUUCACAAAGAACGGCCGCAAGAUGGAGGACGCGUAUAUGGGCCUCAACAACUGGAAUCUGUUCCCCACUGUUGGCGCAGAUGGCCCAUGCAGCGUACACGUAAACCUGGGACAAUCCGGCUUCGUCUUCAUCGAGGCGAACGUGAAGAAGUGGGGCUUGGCGCCUAGUGUCGGGACGCUGGCACCGCCGCCUCCCUACGGCAGCGAGCGCGGAAGUCUACUCCUGGCUGCUGGUGGUGAUAUUAUGCCCAUACAGAGUGGCUUUGUGUCGCCUCAAAGUCCGCCUCCUGGCUCUUCGCGUUCGCGACGCUCGCACCGUUCUCGUCGACCAAGGAGUACGCUUGGCAUUGCCACACCUGUCGGGUCUUCAUCGCUACGGACUAGCCCAAUAGCUUCUCCCACUCCUCCAGAGACACCUCCACCGCCCAUCACGCCGAUCGAAGAAGAGAUCGAUACUGGUGCCGAGGGUGCUGCCUCGACAUCGCGGAGGUACAUAUCGCCCACUGACCUGCCCUUCCACGAGCCUCCUAACGCUAACUUACCUCCCUCCCCGACACGAAGUGCGAACCCCGAGUCUGGCGCCGCCGAAGGCGAAGGCGAAGGCGAGUGGUCGUCCGGGUCCGACACCUCGCCGACGUCGCGGUCGCCCUCGCGAGCAGGUGCGAACCAAUUCAACGUCCCUCGUCCCCAGCCGUUCAGCCUCACUCAUCCGCGCACGGGCUCCCGCUCGUCGACCACAGGUUCAGAGCUCGCGAUCCACGUCCACCCGCCGCCCGACUCACCGCUUGGCCCCGAGCCCCCCACCCCGGACCCCCAGCGCGAUAUCCGUCUGCAGGCCCUGGCAUUCUCUAGCUCGUCAGUGGCUGGCUCGUCACGGAAUUCUGUCAUUCCAGAUCGUCCACCGCCCGCGUACUCGCCUCUGGACGCGUAUGCAUACUCGGAGGGCGUCCAUAUCGACCUGCCCGCCGAGAUGAUCGCUGCUGCCUUGGAGCGGGGGACCAUCCCUGCGAACAUGAUCGGCAGCCUGAGCUCAUCCCGCUCCGAGCGGCAUCGGAGUAGACGAGAGAGACGGUGA